UCGCAUCCUUUUCAUUCAAAACAGGCAGGGCAGGGAGAGGGGAGGAGGUGGAGGCGCCGAGCGAAGGAAAAAAAAUCGAGUGCACUCGUCGGCGGCGCGGCGCGGCGGCUGCCUCCUCUGCUCGUCCGAUCGAGCUCGCUUCGUCGGGUGAGCGCGUCUCAGGUCGAUUCGGGAGCUGAAGGGAGCAUGAGUACUGCCAACGGCACACGGCGUGCCUCAAGAAGGCAAUCACAAGAUGCUGAUAAGGUCGUCGUGAACUUGGUCUCAACCCCCCCAGCGGCGGGCAGCCGUCGUGGAGUAUCGACCUCUAACGCUGGCGCGCGCACCUCACCCAUUGACGUGGAAGCCCUCGAGGAUGAAGUGCAGGUCGUAUCAGCUUCACAAGUGCCUCCUCAGAGGCGGAACCGGAGACCUAGGAGGCAGCCUGUGACAGUAGUUGAUCUCGAUGUACAUGCUACCCGGCAAGGAGUGUCUCAUGAUGAUAAUGCAACAGUGCUUUCUCAUAACACAAGGAACAAACGCCCAAGAGUUGCACCUGUAAUAGACAUCUCUCCAGAAACAGGAGAAGGGUCCAGCUUACAGUCAAAAAAUGCGGGGGAAACUAGCAAAGAGCCUGUGAAUGUGGCUCCAAAGGAACCCAUCUUCACCUGCCCGGUGUGUUGGAACAAGUUGGAUGAGCCAGCCACAACAAUGUGCGGCCACAUCUUCUGCACAAACUGCAUAAAGCAAGCCAUCCAGUUCCAGAAGAAAUGUCCUACCUGCCGGAAGCACCUGAAGAUGAACAAUUUCCAUCGCAUUUACCUUCCUAACACCUCCCGUUAAGGGUCAGGAGUCCUCCUAGGGAGAACCAUGGUGGAUCUUCUGCUGGGGAGCAUUGUGUACCAUCAUCACCUAGAUGAAUGUAUGGGAAUGGGUCGGUAGGAGUUCAUCGUCCUGAUGACCGGACUGGAUAACCUUCUGCCUGAAAUGGGGUUAACCUGAUAAACAGAGUGGAUAGCUUUCUGCCUGAAAUGGGUUUAACAAAUUUGCCUGUAGCCUUCCAUUAUAUUGUUUGCGGCAACUUAAAAAUGUUGUAUGUAUUAGGCUAAUAGCCUUGUACCCUUUUCUUCUCCAUAGUUGGUCGAUGUAACUGCGUUUUGGUA